AUGGAAGAUCCUAUCAACCUGGAUUGCACCAGUGCAACUCAAGUCGCACCGCCAGAGCUUGUGGUCUAUCAGUCUCACAAGCAACCCUCAACUCAAGAGGCGCGCUUUGAGCUGAUGUCGUAUCAAUCUCACAAGCAAUCCUCAACCCAAGAGGCACGCUUUGAUGAUGAUAAUCGAAAGCCUUACGGGAGAAAUGGUCCACCACCUUGCAAUAGCUUUGAGCACGGAUUACAACCAACUGAGGUUGAACUGAAGGACCCAAGCUCGGCUGUGAAGUCUUGUGAACGUGAUUGGGAACGCCUUCGCAGCUACUUUGCAUGGUUGCCCAAGCUAGUCAUCCAGAAGAACUCGGAACACUACAUGGAAGACUCAACUCAACUAGCUACGAUAACUACUAUAGAUAUUACAGUACUGGCGCCAUCCAACUUUGUAUCUACUUCUAGAGCUAGGCACCAAAUCCGAGCCCCGCAAAUCUGCAGCUUCCUACUUGCUGGAAAGCACAGAUGCAGCACACACCAUGCGGAGCUAACCAAAGUCUUGACUUCGAUUGCACAGGCACACAUGAGUUUGCUACAACUACAACCAAUGGUAUAG